AUGGCUCUCGCGGCGGUUUCCCUCUACCUCCUCGCGCUCGCCUGGACGAACUUGCGCCCGGUUCACGGGAACAACCGUCACGCCGUGUACUGGAACAGCUCAAACAUCCACCACACCAAUCCCCAUCACCAUGGACACAGCUGUUUAAGACUGCGGGUGUUUGUCUGCUGUUCUACAGCCUCUAAUGCAGAUGACGACUCUAACCAGAGUCCACCUGACUACACUGUCACACCCAAACUACAUGACAUUGACGAGUUUAACCCUGAGAUCCCUAAACUGGAGAAGAGCGUCAGCGGCAGCAGUCCGUCUGGAGACCGACUGUUAAUCACUGUGGCGACGCUUCUCCUCGCUGCUCUCCUCGUGUCCUAGCAACCGUCUCUCUCUCUCUCUCUCUCUCUGACAUUUCUGAGCCAGCAGUCCCGAGCGCUCCAAGAAAAAGAUCGUCUUUCGUUCAACCUGUGC